UCGCUCGUCGAUCGAUUGUCGGAUGGGCCUCGCUAGCACCACGUUCGGAUAUUCUUUGGAUAUAAAAUUUGGUUCUUUCGAGGGAAAUGUGGUUAAAAAGAUGUUUGUAAGAGUGACAUUGCCGUGGCUGUUAUGAGUACAACGGAGCUAAAAAAAGAAACCGUCUCUGAGAAAAUGAGCGCUAAAGUCAGCGAGGGGACUACAGUUGUAAUGUCAUCUGGAAGCUCGACCAGACCCAUUGGAUCGGUGAGCAACCCAGGAUCAUCGACUCCGGAGAGGGAAGAGAGAGCGUGGAAAGCGUAUUUUGCACAAGCAACGACCGACGUACCACUUACAACGCAGCUUCUCGUAAACGGGGAAGACAGUAAUAUGGCAUCCACACUGGGAUUCCUCUACGAUUAUUACGGCGUAGCCGAGGACUCCAACCAAGGACCUACAUCCCCUGGCUCUUCCAACCAAACAUCAACUACACAAGGGAAUGAGAGUGACUCAGAUACCAACAAUGCUGAGUCAUUGAGUUUUCUACACUCCAUACAGCAGAUCAAGGAACAGGGCCUUGCACAGAAAGUUGGGUCAAGCAGUGGUUCCACCGACAUCUCUGAUAACAAAACUGAGAACUCAAGGGACAAGAGUGUCCAGAGUUUUGCGAUUGUUCAACAGAUCAAGUCUCAGCCUAGUGCCCCACAGAGCUGCAGUAGACAGGCAGCAUCUUCUUCUCGACCUCUCUCUUUUCCCUCUGGCUCAUCUACUAACAAAACCAACCAACAAGGUCAAGUCAGUGAUGUUUCCUCGAUAGCCCUCAGCCAGACACCUCCUGAGGCUUAUAACUUUGGCCCUUAUAGUGCUGCCCUCAAGGCCACUCCCACCGUAUUCUCUGCCCAGGAUAAAUAUACCUUCAUAUUAGAAGCUCCUACCUCAAUAGUACAGAGGCGAGGGGAUGAUACUUUAACUUAUUUAAAUAAGGGUCAGUUCUAUGCAAUAGAUUUUGAAGGGAACUUUGAUCCCCCAUCUACUGAGGAAGAUAUUAUCAGGGUCAAGUCUGUUGUUCACCUUGUGUUCCGCGAUGAGAAGGAUCCUCGUGCAGAACUUGAACACUGGAAUUACUGGCAUAGCCAGCAGCCCAAUCCACAGCAAAGAGCAUUUGAUAUAGAUCGCAAGUCAUGUCAAAACAUAGACGAAAAUAUAACCGACCAAGCAUACAAUGCGGCAGGAUUUACAUGGAGCCCCCAUCUUAACGCAAAGAUUGUAAUCAGAAUUAACUGCCUUAGUACAGACUUUUCACCUCAGAAGGGAGUAAAGGGUAUUCCUCUUCAUCUUCAAAUUGAUACUUAUGAGGAUGUCGACAAUCCUGAUGCUGAGCCAGUCCACAGAGCUUUCUGUCAGAUCAAGGUCUUCCGAGAUAAGGGUGCAGAGAGAAAAAACAAAGAUGAAUCCAAAUCAGCAGAAAGAAGAAUGCAGAAAUGGAUGAAACAAAACCCUAUCGGUGCAGAUCCCACUAUGAUAUCACCCACCAACCUAUUCCAUCCGCCAAGCAAGUACACACAGCUCCUUAGCACCACUCCUUUAGGGCCCAAGCCUGUGAUGUUUAACCCUGUGAUGCGAAGCCCUUCAGGGAGUCUUCUCACUUCAGAAGAUUCCACUCUCCAGACAUCAGCUUUGAUGGCAACAAUCAGAGAACGUGAACACAAAAGAACUAUCCAGUCUGCACUGACCAUGGCAAAGGAUGAAUUAGCUGACCUUGAAGUUGCUCCAAGUAGAAAAGUCCAGAGAGUCCAUAAAACAAACAGACCAGCUGUCACUAUUUAUGUGAAAAAAGAAGAGGAAAAGGUUUACAAUGCUCUGAUGCUCGACAAUCUCUGUAUUAAAGAACUUUCAAACCAGAUUGCUAGUAAGUAUGGGAUGCCUGUUGAUAUGAUAAAAAAUGUUUACAAGAAGACAAAGAAAGGUAUUCUGGUUAACCUGGACGAUCGCAUGAUUGAGCAGUUUGUUGAUGAAGAUGACUUCAUCAUCAAUCUUGAUUUCGAUAACCAGCUUGGCCACUUUGACCUGACGCUAAAAUACUGAGUUGUAUUAUGAAGUGAUGAGAGUAAUGAGUGCUAAGAGCCAACUACCAAGGACUUGACCCUUGAAUACCAAGUGGUAUUUUGAAGUGCUAAGAGCAAACAACCGACAACCCGGUGUCCACUUUGACUUGAUGAGCAAAUACUCAAUUGCUGAGAGCAAUCUACCAAGGCUUCCAGUGGAGUGCAUGGUAACUGGUAGAUAACUCCAAAGAAGUGUGUGAUACUGGUAGAUAACUCCAAAGAAGUGUGUGAUACUGGUAGAUAACUCCACAGAAGUGUGUGAUACUGGUAGAUAAAUCCACAGAAGUGUGGUAUACUGGUAUGAGAACUGGUGGAUAACUCUAUGGAAGAGCAUGAAAACUGGUAGAUAACUCUACGGAAGAGCAUGAAAACUGGUAGAUAACUCUACGGAAGAGCAUGAAAACUGGUAGAUAACUCUAUGGAAGAGCAUUAGAACUGGUGGAUAACUCUACAGGAUAGCAAGAUAACUGGUAGAUAAAUCAACGGAAGAUCAUGAUAACUGGUGGAUAACUCUACGGAAGAGCAUGAGAACUAGUGGAUAACUCUACAGAAGAUCAUGAUAACUGGUGGAUAACUCUACGGAAGAUCAUGAUAACUGGCAGUUCAUUCUAGAGAAGCAAUGCUGCUGUUUGGAGAAAAUGGAAAUCGUUCAGAGAUCAGCUACUUAAACCAAAUUCAGCUUGUAGACGUAUAAAAAACACAAGCACAACAAUGUCUUGUAUUCUCUACUCAGUGGUGUCAAGGUAGAAGACAAAAUGCUACAAGAAAUUACACCACUGUUCUGCCGUAUUGCAGAGUUAGAUUCUGAGGUCUGGAGGCAUGCUUACCAGAGUACUACAAUCCUGCUAUAACUACUUCAAUGCAUGCAUAUAGUUUGGCAAGAACCCUAGAACCUGAACUAGGCACAGUCACACGUGUGUCUUGCUUGCGCUAAGAGUAACUGUGCCUGUUUCUUCCAUUUAGAUAAUUCUAGAAGUUUCUAGAAAAAGACUGCGGUGGCAGGCAUCCAGUGUUUUGUUUUAUUUUCAUUUACGGCUUGUACGUAGUGUCUUUAUAAAUACCUGUCUCAACGACAAAAAUCAUGUACUAUAUAAAUAAGAAACUUUACUUCAAGGGUCCCAAUCAUAACUGUAUAUAUCAGUAGUUAUUCUUUAUGCAUUAGACACAGGACCAAAAAGGGGCGUAGCCAGGAGGGUGUCCCCCCUCUUUUUCUGGUCCAAUAAAGCUAUUACGUCUUAGUUGUUAUGUCUCAUUUGGAAAAGAAUGUUCUUGAGAAAUCACUUUGGGCCACCCCAAGGAAAAAUCCUGGCUGUGCCCCUGUUGAAAAGUGUGAUGUUGUGCAUGAGAGGGUAGUGUAAGUGGGAUGAUCAGCUUGUUGGAGUCAGUCUUGUCAGCUCAUAAUUUUUAACUAUUUUUGUUGAAAAAAAAAUAAAAAAAUAAAAAAAAAUAUGUGUCAAAGAACAAUGUACUGAAUAAGAGAUUUUUGAGAACAUAAGAUUUUAAGUAUUACAAUUAUCCUAUAGAGUGGUUUUCAAAAUCCUGUGCAACAAAAUGUAAUUGUUAAAGUGUAAUAGUCAAGCCAGAACAAAAUAGAAAAAAGAGAUUACUAAAUUAAUAAACUAAAUAGUAUUUCACAGGUUUUUGAAAAUCACUCUAACAUUAGAACAUUUUGUAUGAAUUAGACCUAAAGCCAUGACAGAGAUUGUCUGCUUCAUUUUUUGGUUAUAAUUGCACUGACAUGCAACGCUCUCAUCAUUCUUUGUAUAUUGUUAUUUAUCCAAGUAUUCCUGCUUUUAGAAACUAACAUGAAGUAUCAACUUAACUUUGAAAAUAAAAUAAAAAUAAGUAUUUGAA